AAUCUACAGCAAUCGUUGAACGGUAGUAACGCCAAAAACAACAGACGUUCAAACAACAACAGCAAUGGCGCUGUAAUUUCCAACAUGAAUCCCAGCAGCAAUAUCCCACAGAAACAGGGACAUAAAAUCAACCAGAGACCAAUAGUUGCAGAAAGCAGCGCUCCGAAUGGCAUUAACGGUGUUAAUAAAAACAACAACAACAUAAAUGGUAAAAAGCGCCUAAACAAUAAACGCAACGAUACAGAUGCAAACAAAGGGGAGUCAAAUGUAACAAAAACUCAAAAAAUAAAUGACGCAAAUUUGGAAAAAGAUUUCAAUGCUUACUACAACGUUACAGCAAAAAAUAAUGAUACAACGGAACGUGCAUCCAGAGCAACUAAUAAUGGUUUCGUUCCAGCAUCCAACAAUACUAAUACAUCAACAGCAACUACACGGAAAUCAAACAAAUUCUCAUCAUCGUUUUAUAGCACCUCUAACUCUUCAUCUUUCAACACGAAUCAGUCACGCGCACGGUAUAGUAAUGCCAACUCGAAUUCCUCCUAUUCGUACUCGUCGAAACGUAGCCGAAAUACUAACUCCUAUAGCAAUACCUCGGCUGGGACAUCGAAUAGAAACUACGAGUUAGCUAAAAAGUUUCUACGGACAUGGCUGGAAUACACCAUAAUGAUACUGACCUGGCUCUUCUAUUUGAUAUAUGAUAUUGUGGUGCUCGGCUUUAGUGUAGCGUACGAUCGUCUGGUACAUGCUUGUGAAUGUGGAAUUGUGUACGCGAAGCAAUUGCGCCAGGACUUUAAGCAGAACUCAAACAAACCGAGUAUUUGGCUUAAAAACCAUCUGCGACUAUUUGACGCGCGUUUUAAAAAGAAUUCGCAAUGGGCUUUUUGGCGUCGCUUCUAUCAAAAGAAGCCACCUGAGCCAACUGCAGAUAAUAUGAAAAGUGGACGACUGCCGCAAACGGGUGAGGAAGCCAUGUAUUCGCUACUUAAUUGUAAGGGCAAGGAUGCUUACAG